CGCGGCAGGUGUGAGGAGAUGGCGGGGGAGCAGCCGGCGGGCACCGGCCGGGUGGUGCUGGUCAAGAAGAUCAUCAUGAAGGACGGGGCAGCGCUCCAGCAGGGUAUCGGUAGGCCCAGUGUGUACCAUGCAGUGGUGGUCAUCUUCCUGGAGUUCUUCGCCUGGGGUCUGCUCACUACGCCCAUGCUCACCGUGCUACAUGAAACGUUUCCCCAGCACACAUUCCUGAUGAAUGGACUCAUUCAGGGUGUGAAGGGUCUCCUGUCAUUCAUGUCUGCUCCUCUGAUUGGUGCGCUGUCAGAUGUGUGGGGCAGGCGGUCCUUCCUAUUGGUCACCGUCUUCUUCACCUGCGCCCCAAUCCCCCUGAUGAGGCUCAGCCCCUGGUGGUACUUCGCCAUGAUCUCCAUGUCUGGAGCUUUCUCCGUCACCUUCUCGGUCAUUUUCGCCUACGUCGCCGAUGUGACAGACGAAAGAGAGAGGAGUACAGCGUACGGCCUGGUAUCAGCUACCUUCGCAGCCAGCCUGGUGACGAGUCCGGCCAUCGGAGCGUACCUGUCGGCCUGGUACGGAGACAACCUGGUGGUCCUGCUGGCCACUCUCAUCGCUCUGGCCGACAUCUGCUUCAUCCUGCUGGCCGUGCCAGAGUCUCUGCCGGACAAGAUGAGGCUCAACACCUGGGGGGCGCCCAUAUCCUGGGAGCAGGCCGACCCCUUCACUUCUUUGAGGAAGGUGGGUCAGGACCCGACGGUCUUACUGAUCUGUAUCACUGUGUUCCUGUCUUACCUGCCGGAGGCCGGACAGUACUCCAGCUUCUUCCUCUACCUCAGACAGGUUAUCAAUUUCUCCUCCACAACCAUCGCUGUUUUUAUUGGAGUGGUGGGCAUUCUGUCCAUUGUAGCACAGACCCUCCUCCUAACGCUGCUGAUGAGGACUCUGGGUAAUAAAAACACUGUUCUGUUGGGUUUGGGCUUCCAGAUCCUUCAGCUGGCCUGGUACGGCUUCGGAUCAGAGCCAUGGAUGAUGUGGGCGGCUGGUGCUGUAGCAGCAAUGUCCUCCAUCACCUUCCCAGCAGUCUCUGCUCUGGUGUCACAGUCUGCUGAUUCUGAUAAACAAGGUGUGGUCCAGGGGAUGAUAACAGGUAUCAGAGGUCUGUGUAACGGUCUGGGUCCAGCUCUGUACGGAUUCGUCUUCUUCCUGUUCAACGUUGAACUCAACACCAUGGACCCCAUUCAGGGAGAGUUCAACAUCGACCCGCUGCCUCUUCACAGUCCCACUGAGCGAGCGCUUAUCCCCGGCCCGCCUUUCCUGUUGGGGGCGUGCACCGUGGUCGUCGCCUUCCUCGUCGCUCUCUUCAUCCCAGAGAAGGCCUCCCCUUCCUCCACGUCCUCUCAGCUGUCACUCAGCGACAAGCCCCGCCCAGACAGCAAAGAGUCACUGUCCACGCUGGCGGGCAUCCACAUCAACACACCCCUCCCCGGCAGUGACGAGGAGACCCCUCCCACCGCCAGCAACGAGGACUUUGAGCCUCUGCUGCAGGACAGUAUCGUUUGAUGGACAGGUGAAAAGACCAC